AUGGCACUGGGUGCCAGCAGGCGCUCGCUCUCUUGCAGGGCUUUCUUCUGGCUAGUGUCAUUGCUGCUCUCCUCCCUCAUCUGGUUUAUCACCGUUAAAGCCAGCGACCCCCGGGAUGAGCUGUUGCAGAAGGGGCUCUUGAUAUUUGGGGUUAUGUUCUCUGUGCUGCUGCAGGAGGCUUUCCGCUUCCUCUACUACAAGCUCCUCAGGAAGGCCAUUGAAGGGCUGGUGGCCCUCAGCGAGGAUGGCUGCUCCCCCAUUUCCAUCCAGCAAAUGGCAUACGUGGCUGGCGUGGGCUUUGGGCUCAUGAGCGGCACCUUCUCCAUGAUCAAUCUCCUGGCAGACGCGUUAGGGCCCGGCACCACGGGCAUCCACGGGGACUCACAGCUCUACUUCCUGACCUCAGCCUUUAUGACCAUGGUGCUGAUUUUCCUUCACACCUUCUGGGGGAUCCUCUUCUUCCACGGCUGUGAGCACCGGCGCUGGUGGGAGAUCAUAGCUGUUGUCAUCAUGCACCUCGCCGUUUCAGGGUCGACGUUUUGCAACCCCCUGUACAUGGGCAGCCUGGUGCCCUCCUACCUGCUGAUGGCCACCGCCGCCACUUGGGCUUACCUGCUCUCAGGGGGCUCUGCCCAGAACCUGCGGCGCUUCCUGCUCUGUCUGCGGAGUGGAGCCAGCCCUCAGCUGGAAUCCUGAGGCCCUGUGGGAUGUUCCUGUCCCCAGCUGCCCCUGCCCUCCCCCCCAUCCUGGUGGCAAGAGCAGCCAUCACCUUCUCUGCAAUAUCUUUUCUCCUGGACUGGUGGACCCUGGCCAGUUCUGGCA